AUGUCUGAAAACUUGUUAAUUUAAAAAGACUAUUAACAAGAGAAUUAACAAAUCAAACAAUAAUUACUCCAAUAUUUAGUUAAAGUCUCAAAAAUGCUUGAUGAAGAAUAUGAAGAAAUUCUUUAAUUUGGUUCUGAUUCUGAUCCAAAUGAUAUUAUUAAUUCAUUAUUUAUUAUAGAAGAUGCUAGAUAAGAAUAGCAUAAGGUAUAAUAAUUAAUAUUGAUUUAGUUAGAUAAAUAAUAAUUAGAGGAAUUGAAGAUAGAAAUUGAAUCCUAGAAAUAAUAAAUUAUUUCUUUACAACAAUAAAAUGAAAAAAUUUAAAUAGCAAAAAAUUAAUAAGAAUUUAAUUCUGAAAUUAGAUAGUUAGAGAUCAAGAUUAAUGAAUUAUCAUUAGCUCUUAUUCAAAGCAAAGAAGAGAAAAUCAUUUACAUGGAGUAAUCUCAAAAAUAGAUAUAAUAACUUAAAGAAUAGGAAUUAGAAUUGAAAAACAAAUUAUAAAUACUUUAAUUUGAAUAAUAAAAAAAGUCUUCAUUUGAAGAAUCAGAUGAGAAAGUUAGAGUUAGAAAAAGUUCUAAAGAUUAUAUUGAAGAGGAUUUAUCAAAAUAAUCUGUUUCACCUCAAACAUAAAAAUUUAAAUUAGAUUAUUCUAAAAUAAGUCUUGCCUAAAAUUUGAAAAAAUUAACAAAGAUAGAUUAAGUUUAAGGAGCAUCAAAAGCAUCAUUUAAGUUUGGCAAUAAAUGA